AUGGCCGGUCCCGCGUGCAUCCCCAAGGUAUCUCGGCUGCUGGGGGCCUUCAGCAACCCAAAACAGGUGACCCGAGGUUUUGCUGGUGGUGUGCAGACAAUGACCUUAAUCCCAGGAGAUGGUACUGGACCAGAAAUCUCAGCUUCCGUUAUGAAGAUUUUUGAUGCGGCCAAAGCACCCGUUCAGUGGGAAGAGAGGAACAUGUCUGCAAUUAAAGGACCUGGAGGAAAGUGGAUGAUUCCUCCUGAAGCCAAAGAAUCCAUGGACAAAAACAAGACGGGACUGAAAGGCCCCUUAAAGACACCAAUAGCAGCUGGACAUCCUUCUGUGAAUCUACUGCUUCGUAAAACUUUUGACCUUUAUGCAAACGUGCGUCCAUGUGUCUCCAUUGAAGGCUACAAAAGCCCUUACACGGAUGUAAAUAUUGUCACGAUCCGGGAGAACACCGAAGGUGAAUACAGCGGCAUUGAGCAUGUGAUCGUCGAUGGUGUCGUACAGAGUAUCAAGCUCAUCACCGAAGAAGCAAGCAACUGUAUUGCCGAAUUUGCCUUCAAGUACGCCAGGAACAAUCACCAUAGCAACAUGACUGCUGCGCACAAAGCAAGUAUCAUGCGAAUGUCAGAUGGGCUUUUUCUCCAAAAGUGCAGGGAAGUUGCAGAAAAUUGUAAAGAUACUAAAUUUAAUGAGAUGUACCUUGAUACGGUAUGUUUGAAUGUGGUACAAGAUCUAUCCCAGUUUGAUGUUCUUGUGAUGCCAAACUUGUAUGGGGACAUCCUUAGUGAUUUAUGUGCUGGCCUGAUAGGGGGUCUUGGUGUCACACUGAGUGGAAACGUUGGCGCUAAUGGGAUUGCAAUCUUUGAAUCCGUUCACGGAACAGCCCCAGACAUUGCUGGGAAGGACAUGGCCAAUCCCACUGCCCUGCUUAUGGGUGCUGUGAUGAUGCUUCGGCACAUGCGGAUGCAUGACUACGCAGCGAAGAUCGCAACGGCCUGCUUUGCGACAAUUAAAGAUGGAAAGAGUUUGACAAAAGAUUUGGGAGGAAAUGCCAAGUGCUCAGACUUCACGGAUGAGAUCUGCUGCCAAGUAAAAGACCUAGAUUAA